AAGUCCAAGUCCAAGUCCAAGUCCAAGCGAGCUACUCCGCCUUCUUGGAAUCCGGCCCCCCACUCUCACCCAUUCUCCACCCGCUUUCAUCAAACUCCUUUCCUUUCCUUCCAGUAUUCAUCUACCACUACAACCUCUCUCUCUCCUCCCCUUCUUCUACCCGUACACACCCGUCUUUUUCCUCCCAUAUCUCUCUUCCAUCUCGAUCGCUCUCCAAUUAUGGCGUCCUUCUUCUGCUCCGCCAAGUUCUUCUUCCUCAUUUUCCUGGCAUCGGCCGUCCCAAUCGCCUACUUGAUAUCUCUGGAGACUGCCAAGCCGACCACACACGUUUACCACUACCACAGCACCGGCUGGAUGCGGGAGUGCGGCAAGUGGGACGAUCUCAACCGCCGAUUCCUCGUCUCUUUCAUGGAGGGAGGCGUGGGCCAGAUCCCGGUCCCCGACGACGGUCAAUCUCCGGCCGCCGUCGUGGAGGAGGUGCCGGUGAUCAGAGACGCCGAUUUGGCUGGAAACGCGUCGCUGGGCAUUGUGAUUGACCGGCCGAGGAAUCGGCUGCUGGUGGCGGUCGCUGACUUGUUUGGCAGCCGAUACGGUGCGCUGGCGGCCUAUGAUUUGUCCAGCUGGAACCGUCUGUUUCUCGCUCAGCUCAGUGGUCCAGGAGAUGAGAAAUCCUUAGCAGAUGAUGUAGCAGUGGAUGCAGAAGGCAAUGCAUAUGUGACCGAUGCCAAAGGGAGUAAGAUUUGGAAGGUGGGGGCGGCCGGAGAGUUCCUAGCCACCAUAAGAAGCCCACUCUUCGCCGCAAAAGAGUGGUACAAAAACUUGGUUGGGCUUAAUGGGAUUGUUUACCAUCCAAACGGGUACUUAAUAGUGAUCCACACUUUCUCCGGCAAUCUGUUCAAGGUGGAGUCGGGAGACGGAAAUCAUGAAGUGAAGUUAAUUGAGAUGGUCGGAGAGUCAUUGCCAUUUGGAGACGGAUUAGAGCUUUUAUCGCCCACUAAGCUUGUGGUUGCCGGGAACCCGUCAAGGUUAGUGGAGAGCUCUGACGACUGGAAAACGGCGGCGGUUGUGGGCAAGUUCAAGGGGCCAGCGCACCGGUUGACGACGGCGGCGACAGUGAAGGAUGGGAAGGUGUAUUUGAACCAUAUGUUUGGGUUGGGAUAUCCUAAGAGGAAGCAUGCUCUGGUUGAGGCUGUUUUUUCUAGUUAGGAGAAUGGCGCGAGAUGAAUUUGGUACUCUUUUUAAUUGGUGAACAAGUGAGUAACUUGGGUCACCAUUUGAAUGGCUUUUUUCUCUUUUUUUUUUUUUACAAUUUGUUGGAUAAUUUAAAUUGGCCAUGUUAUGAGAUAUUGGUAAUGCCAUCUAUCUGUUUACAAUAAUAUUGACAAUAUAAAGUAUACAAUUACCCA